GAGAAAAUGAUGUUGCAGGUUACAACUCUUAGUCAUCUCAAAGACCUCUGAUUGUUGUAUGGGAAAGACCUCUGAUUGUUGUAUGGGGACUGCAGUCAUGAAGACCAACAUGCUGGUUUUUGGUUCUCUGUAUUUGCUGCUUGGUUGGAUGCUUCCUCUAUGCGCCUGCAAGACCUCUGGCAUCUUCAUUACGAAAGAUGAUCAGUCCAUCCCCCUGGACAUGGUUGACAAUUCAGUUGAUGAUAUGUACUCUACCUGCGCUACAAAGAUGGAAGCAAAGGUCAAGGGCACAUACUUCAAAAAGGAAAUGAAGAACUUCAAAAACAUGUGGAUAACAGCAGAAAAGUGUGCAGAGAAGAAAAUCAAAGAAAGAGAGAAAGGCGAUGAGGCUUUAACAAAAGAUCACCUGAAAGCAAUUUGUGCGUACACAGCUGGAGGACCAGAAAACUUCUAUAGGACAUUCAACGAAGCAGUCCGGACCAACAGAACCCAGUAUGGUUCGAAUUUUUCAUUCCAUUCUUUACAUUUCUGGCUGACCAGAGCGAUACAGAUCCUCAAAACCAGUGACGGUAAAUGUCACACAACCUUCCGCAGAACCAAUUCCAAAUUCACCGGCGUUGUCAGCAAAGUGAUUCGGUUUGGCACUUUUACCUCUACCUCCAGCUUAUCAACUCUGACAAGCUUUGGUAAGACUACAUGCUUUAAAAUUAGAACCUGCCACGGGGCUUAUUUGAAAAAAUACCCAAAGCUCGGAGACAGAGAGCAAGAGGUGCUCAUUCCACCUUAUGAGACGUUCAAAAUAAUCAGCAAAGACAAACCCAUGAAACAACUUUCCGACUGUAACACUGUUUACAUUCUGAAUAGCACCGGUGUCCAGAGCAAUCUUGACUGCCAAAUUACAGAAUAAAUACUUUGGUGAUUGUUUUUCUCUCUCACUCACUCUCUUUUAAACCCGUAAUGCUGUAACUAUGUAUUUUAAACUAAAUUUACACUUCUGGCAUUUUAAAACAAUGUUAUUCACAAAAAUCACAUAGCAGUGAAGGACUUAGAGAUGUUUUUUUGAUGCUGUGUAUUUUUCUUUUUUUUUUUGGUGAAUACACAGCAUCAUGACCUCCAAAGGAAAAUCAGGUCUGGUUUAAAGUUGUGGGGAAGAUUAAAGAAGGGUUAUUAAGCUUUAAAACAACAUCCCUACAACCCUUGAACAUGUCAAAAGCGCUGUUUAAUCCAUCAUCUGGAAAAGGAAAGAGUUGGGGGUUUUUACUGCAUGGGAAUAUAUUUUUCAGAAGACAAUAAUUUUUUACAUGUUUUACCAGUAGUAUUGUGUUUGUAAAGCCUAUAAAAUAAUGAAUACAUUAUUUUAAUCAUUUUACUGCAUUCUGUAAGUUCAAUAAAUUGCCUUUGAGCUUUGAUAAA